AUGGGCGCGGGGGAAGCUGGCUCCGGGGAAGCGGCCGGGUUGCUACAGCAGCGGCCACACUCGCGGCGGCGGCGGGGAGCUGGAGCCUGAAGGGGCGGCGGCGCCAUGGAAGAGCUGGACGAUAACGGAAGUGUGGGACAAGCUGAAGAUCUUUUACCGUGCAAGAUUUGUGGGAGGACUUUUUUCCCAAAUGCAUUAAAGAAGCAUGUUCCUAUUUGCCAAAGAGCUGCUAAUAAAAAAAGAAAAGCAUUUGACUCCAGCAGACAGAGAGCGGAGGGAACUGAUAUUUCCACUGUCAAACCUCUGAAGCCACGGCCAGAGCCCCCAAAGAAACAAUCAAACUGGAGGAGAAAGCAUGAGGAACUCAUAGCAGCUAUACGAGCAGCCAAAGGGGUUGAUCAGGUCCUUAAAGAAGGUGGAAAACUGCCGCCGCCACCACCACCUACUUAUGAUCCUGAUUAUAUCCAGUGCCCAUAUUGCCAGAGAAGAUUUAGUGAAAGUGCAGCUGAUCGGCACAUCAAUUUCUGCAAAGAACAGGCAGCGCGUAUUACUAAUAAAGGAAAAGUGGUUACUGAUUCUAAAGGGAAGCUUCCCACCCGAAUGCAGUACAAGUCGCCACCAGUAAAGAAGAUGCCUCCAUCAGGAAUAACGCCACCAGCCUCAUCACGCUUACCACAACCAAGUACACCUGCAAAUAAAAUUCUGCCUUCAAGUGUGCCAGCGGGAAGUAAAAUCCAAAGUUUGUCUCCAGCUCAUAAAAACUCAACAAGGACAAUCCCCCAAACAGGAGGGUCCAUGAAAUCAAGGACAGUUGCACCUACUAAUGUGGCACGGAAUGCUGGCAUAGGUAUGAUGGCGAACAAAAGAAAAUCUUAUAGUACUGAAAACUACUCAAACAGAACUGGAUAUGACAGUGGAGACUGCUCAUCUUCUGUCAAUGGAGCAAGUUCAAAAAGCAAUGAGGGAAAUUCACAGUUACCAAAAUUCUGCUACGAAUGCGGCGCCAAAUACCCGGUGGAAUCUGCAAAAUUCUGCUGUGAAUGUGGAGUUCGAAGAAUGGCUUUGUGAACACCUUCUGUAAAGCAGGAUAAAAGAGAUCCCCUCUGUUCGCUAUGGCUGCAUGGAAUUCUGCGCUGUACUUACUUUCUCAUCUGAACUUGUGCUAAAACACCGUAGUAAUUUUCUGAGAGCAAUUCUUUUUGGUUGCAGAAUAAUUUAUAUAGAUAUAAAUAUACUGUAUAUAAUUGAUAGGUACCUGAAACUGUGCCAUUCAAGAAGGUAUUCUUGAGACACUGUUGGAAAUACCUUUAAUGGAGUGAAUUAACUCAAGAAAUAGGAGGGGUGUUUUGUUUUUUGUAAUCUUGCUAUGUAUUACUGUAUAUACUUACAUGGUUCUCGUUAUUCACCCAUAAUAGUGUUAGCCCUGAAUAAGUUCGUCCAAUAAGGGAAUCUAUUGAUGAGUAGGGUCUCAUAAACCUUACUAACAAACAAAAAAAGGUUCAGAUUUACUGAUCUCGUUUAUGAUAUUCUUCUACCUGAUUGGCAUUUCCUUCUUAAUCUGCUUUCAAAACAUGUUAUAAUGUCCAUUGUACAGAUGCUUGUGUGUGGUACCAGAUUUUCCCCAGACAAUUUUCACAUUCCUUUCUUUAAAUAUAAUUAUUAGCUUUGCAAAAUAGUUCACCUUCAUAUAUCUAUGGAAUCAAUUGCCAAUGGCAGCUUUUCCUGCAAACCUCCCUAUAAUGAAUGGAAGAUAUAUAAGUGGUACUUUGAAUCUCAUCCUUUCUCAAGCUUCUCCUACACCUCUCUCCUUUCCCAUUAUUUGUAAAGCCCUGCUCUUUAUUUUGUAAAAACAAGUAAAAUCAUAAACAUAGUUUUAAUGUUUGUCCAGUAUGGUCUAAAUUAUUAUGCCCACUUUAUAGAGUUUUGUGGCUAUUGCAAUGAUGGCAAUAUACAAUAGAAAAAGAACCACUUGUUAUAUAAUAAUAAUUAUAAUAAUUAUAGUAAUAAUUAGUAGAACAAAUGAGUUCCGGAACACGGUACCUAAAUAAUGCUUUUUCUUCUUCUUUGCAGUAUCUUUUGCUUAGGGGUUUUUGGUACCUUCUGCAGCCAAAUCAAAAUAAACCGGCUUCACGGGGAGUACAUUGAUCCACUGGAGCCCUUAACCUAUAUCAGUAUUGUUGUUUGUCUUAGUAAUAGCAUACAUUUUCACAGAAAUUGUUUUUCCUAUGGAGAAGAGCCCUCAUUUCUGCCUUUCUUAAAAGCAUUUUGACCUUUUUGGUUCCUACAGCUAUUUCUAAGCCGUGGUCACAUCUUAUAAAAAAACAAUUUAACCUGUCAGCUGGGCACAUUGUAGGAUUUGACCUGACAUUAAUCUAACCUUUCUUUCAUCUUUUCAAAUGAUGUGACUAAUGGCAACUGGUUGAUCAAGCUACUCUUCCUGCUUCAACUUUCUAGGAUGCUUGCUGGUGGUAAAUUGAAGGUCCCUUAUUAUUAGAGUUAACAAAUUCAUUGAUGUAGGAUUGUUAUUUGUGGGUCUUAAGUUGCUCAGAAAUGAAAAGUACAAUUUUAAGUGCAGUAUCCAAAACCUUGUUCUGUGACCCAAUUUUCAGUUCUAUACAAUUGGCUAGUAUUCAGCCAUUAUAUAAUGCUUAGUUGAUGUGCUACAGUGGCUGAAAGUGGGGGAACUGAAGCAGUACUGGAGAAGAUGUCGAAAACUUCAUUGAGGCGUCACUAUUAUGCAUACAUAGCUCACAUUAUUCUCCCUCUUUUCUUAGGUGUUCCUUCCAGAUAUAUAUAUCUUUGAUUAUAAAUACUUACAUUUUUAAUGGCGGGGGUAAAUUCAAUAUUUUAGGAAGUUGCACUUUUAAAGUUUAAAGUUUUUCAUUAAAUAAAAAAACUGGGCCCAAUACAUCAUAUUGCUUCCUGAUGAAAUCACUAUAACGGGCACGAUCAACCUAAACCAGAAAUAAUUAUGUGUGUUGAUUUAGUACUUGAAGGCACCCUUAUAAAAUCUUAGAGAGUGAUUGUUCUGUGUGAUGAGCUCGUCCGUAUGAUAGAAAUCAAAAAGGCAUCAACAAACCUAACCACUUAUAAUGAAAAUGUUAUUGACGUUAAUAGAGAAUCACAUUUCUGAACCAAUCGAUGACAUUGCAUCAUUUCAUAAGAGUUCUCUGUCUUUAAAUGGUGGUGGUGAAUCUAUAAAAGAAUCACUUUAAACAUGCAGUAACAUUUUGUUUCCAUUUGAAAGGGUCUCCCCCUCUCCCAAUCCUCAGAAUACUAAGGAAAACAAUAGUUUUUCAAAACAUUCCUUUUGCCUUUUCAUUUACUAGAAAAUCUCAUAGAAGUUAUAUUACACAUCUUGUUUAUAUGCUUGAAAUCUUACUUUUAAAUACAUGAACGUUAUCCCACAGAUUUAUAUCUCAUGUAAAUAAUGAUACUGAUAUGAGCUCAAUAUAUUUAAGAAUUCACUCAGGGUUGCUUCAGGUUACUUUUAGCCACAGUUGACUACACAUUUGAAAAUGUAUACCUUGCAUUGCCCUAAUGGCAGAGCAGCACAGAGAUCAGAGAUUAGCAUCAGAAAAGCUAAUUUGUAUUGUACUUAGUGGUGGAAAUCUAGUGAUCGAUCUUUGGUAUUCCACUUCAUUUUUUGUAUUUUGUGAAAGAGAUGACGGGUAUGUUGGGAAAUUUCUGAAUGAUCUACAAUGGACCCUUUUGAGAGUCUUGUGUGGAUUUUGCUUUGUUUUGGGUGAGACUUCAUAUGCAUCCUCAUUCACCAAAGAUCUCAAAUAUUUAUGUAACAUAAAUGCUUUCAUGUGUUUCCACAGAUGCGUUAUUACACCUACUUAACAAUACGGAUUUCUUACUGCAUCUGCCUGAUCUUUUAAUAUAUUGUAUCCUCUCUCUUUUGUAACUGUCAUCUAAUUUCUAGUUAUGUGACCUUUUAUUCUUUGCUCUGACUUGUGUUUUGGAUUUUCCUAAAGGUUUAUUCAAAUCAUUGCGAAAGCAAUCUGUACAUGCUUGCUGUAUGUUAUCCAGUCCUUUGUUAACAAUAAAGCAAUUGUUGCAUACA